GAGACGAGCUCCGGUUUCGGUCCGUCGGGAGUGUUCGUGUAUGAAAACAAGCAGACAUGUCGAAUGUUUACACUCGGACGGACGUGAAUCGAGCCGGCUGUUGAACCGAAUAUUAUCAUCGAUUUAUUUCUUUCGACUUCGAGAUGACUUCGAAAAUACAUCUCACGGAUCUUGACAGAGACGUGCUUUUUAUCAGUAAAAAGGAAAGGACAUUCGUCAAUGACGACUCGUUGCCGAGUCUUCCUGUUCCUCCCUUGCAUCAGACUUUGCAACAGUAUCUAGAUUCCGUUAUAGUUCAUGUGUCGGACGAAGAAUAUAGAAACACGCAGGCUUUGGUCACUGAAUUUGAAAGAGGAGAAGGUGCCAAAUUGCAUGCCAAAUUGAAAGAAAAAUCAAAACAAGAAAGAAAUUGGCUAGAAAAAUGGUGGGAGGAUAUUGCAUAUUUGUCACAGAGAUCUCCAAUGAUUCCGUUAAUGAACAUGGCUGGAUAUGUGCCCGACGUCAUGUCUCUGGCCAAAAAUCAGAUAGAAAUUUCUGCUCUUAAUAUUCAUUACUAUGCACAGUUUUGGAAAUUAAUCAGAACAGAGCAGUUAAGGCCGUAUUAUAACUCCAAAAACAUUCCGUGGAGCAUGGACCAGUUUCUACGUCUAUUCAACACAUGUCGUAUUCCCGGGGAAACGAAAGACAGACUCGUUAAUUAUUUUAAAACAGAAUCCGAAGGUGAACAGGGACCAACUCACAUUAUAGUCUUGUGUAAGGGCCACAUUUUUGCGUUCGACAUUGUGGAUGACAGGGGAGAACCCCUUACUGCUCUUGAGUGCGAGAGGCAGCUUCAGUACAUUUCCGACCUUUGCAGUAGUGCCGGCCAGGGACCUGGGUUAGGAUCUCUGACGGUGGCUGACAGACUCACCUGGGCAAAGGUUUGCCCGUCGGAGCAGAUGAAAUUACUGAGGAGAGCCAUCGAAAAAUUCACCCACUUAAUGGCCGAGUGUACAAAUAAUAGAGGGUGUGACAGACACUUCCUGGGACUUUUUAUGAUCUGCAUGGAAAACGGAGAUCCCAUUCCGGAAAUAUUCUUGGAUCCUUCCUGGGAAAAGAGCGGAGGAAGCGGAAAGUUCAUCCUGUCCACCAGCUGUACGGGUUACACAUCGGUAACGGGCGGAGUCAUGCCCAUGGUAGAGAACGGUUACGGUUGUUUCUACAACGUAGAGAAUAACAGGAUCGGUUUCUGCAUCACCGCUUUCCGCAAGAAUCCUGGAACCGUGCCCGAGAGGUUGUUCGAGAGCCUGUGUCACGCCUUGUCCGACAUGCAGUAUAUCGGAACAAGAUCGAUAAGAAAUCUUCCUAAUCCUCAAAGAUUAGAGUUUGUCAUUGACGAUCGCAUCAUAACUGCAGUAGAAUCGGCACGACUUCAGUUUCGGGAACUGGCUAAUGACGUCCAGUGCUUUUGUGAUGGCUAUUCCCAAUAUGGUAAAGAUUUUCUUCGGCCACUAAAGCUUCACCCAGAAGCUUAUGUUCAAAUGGCAAUACAGUUGGCUUAUUAUAGGCUGCAUGGUCGUCCUGCCCCGACCUAUGUCACGGCUUCCACCAGACAGUUUUAUCAUGGUCGUACGGAAACCUGCAGGUCCUGUUUUCCGGAAGCCAUCGACUGGGUCAAAUCGAUGAUGGACGACGUCACCGCGCCGUCGGAGCAGAUGAAAUUACUGAGGAGAGCCAUCGAAAAAUUCACCCACUUAAUGGCCGAGUGUACAAAUAAUAGAGGGUGUGACAGACACUUCCUGGGACUUUUUAUGAUCUGCAUGGAAAACGGAGAUCCCAUUCCGGAAAUAUUCUUGGAUCCUUCCUGGGAAAAGAGCGGAGGAAGCGGAAAGUUCAUCCUGUCCACCAGCUGUACGGGUUACACAUCGGUAACGGGCGGAGUCAUGCCCAUGGUAGAGAACGGUUACGGUUGUUUCUACAACGUAGAGAAUAACAGGAUCGGUUUCUGCAUCACCGCUUUCCGCAAGAAUCCUGGAACCGUGCCCGAGAGGUUGUUCGAGAGCCUGUGUCACGCCUUGUCCGACAUGCAGUAUAUCGUCACCACCUCCAACCUGUGAAUCCCGGACGGGACUCGGUGGCUCCCGCUCUUCCGGACCAGAAACCCAAUGGAUUUUUAAUUAAUAGCGUCCGGGUCAAUCGGGCCGGAUGCUAUUAUUUUUAAGAGACGACGCAACCAGUUUAGUUUUGAAACUGCCUUAAAAAUCGCCUAGGGGCGUUUAGAGGAGGCAAUAUGGCUGUCGGACGGUACUCCUGUUUGCAUCGACCUGGACGGAAAUUGUUACUUACCGUCGAAUUUCUUUAUUUUCGUAAUUCCCGUCGCCCGUUACGGCGGCGGAUGGUCUGGAAUAAUUCAGGAAACGUCCCGGAAUUACUGGCCACCCCAACUGCCUCCCCGCCGCACCGGUUCGCGGAAUCAUCGCGUCUGUCGAUUUUUCGGAAUAUUUUUCAAAUUCCGUUAAGAAUUUUCCGUCCUUUCGGAUUUUUACC